AUACUUAGUUUAUUGUUUGUAAAAGAGCUGAAGAGAUAGUAGGUAGGUGCGAUGAGCCGCAUAGUGUGUCAAAGAAUAUUCUUGCGAUUGAACGUGUCAAUGGCUCGUAACGCUUCAACUGCUUUCCUCAUUGAGGACCCCAAGUACUCGUUUUUGAAGGAGUUGGGAUUGGACAAGAAGAAUGUCGGUGUAUUCAAUGGCAAGUGGAAAGCCAAUGGACAAAUAAUCCAAUCAUACAGUCCGGCCCACGGCAAAGUCAUAGCCGAGGUGCAAGCUGCUAGUACUGCUGAUUACGAGGAGUGUGCUGUAGCAGCACAGACAGCAUGGCACUCGUGGGCAGAAUUGCCUCCACCAGCCAGGGGGGAGGUCGUGAGGCAGAUAGGAGAUGCUCUUAGGGAGAAAUUGCAACCGUUAGGACAGCUCGUCUCCUUAGAAAUGGGCAAAAUUCUUCCGGAAGCUAUCGGCGAAGUAGUGGAAUAUAUUCACGUUUGCGACCUAGCCCUUGGUCUAUCUCGAACGCUACCCGGCACUAUAUUCCCAUCAGAGCGGCCUGGACACGUACUGUUAGAAAAGUGGAACCCUCUGGGAUUGGUUGGCAUUAUAACAGCUUUUAACUUCCCGGUCGCCGUGUUUGGCUGGAACAGUGCUAUUGCGAUGGUAUGUGGAGACGUUAGUGUCUGGAAGCCGUCAGAUACAACUCCGCUAACAGCUGUGGCGGUCACGAAGAUAGUAGAGAGCGUGUUGCAGAAGAACAACAUUCCCGGAGCGAUCGCUUCGUUGUGCGUCGGUGGUAAGGAUAUUGGACAACAACUGGUCAAAGAUAACCGAGUGAAACUGGUCUCUUUCACCGGUAGCACAGCAGUAGGACAACAGGUCGGCGUAGAAGUACAGAAGCGCUUCGGUCGCCAUCUAUUGGAGCUUGGCGGCAACAAUGCUAUAAUAGUGAACUCUGACGCUAAUUUGGACUUGCUGCUGAAUGCUGCUCUCUUUGCUUGUGCCGGGACAGCCGGCCAGCGGUGCACGACCACUAGGCGACUAUUUGUUCAUAAGAAAGUAUUUUCCGAAGUGGUGUCUCGCCUUAAGACCGCAUUCGCGGGUGUGGUUAACAAAAUUGGGGAUCCAUUGCUUUCGGAGACUCUUAUUGGUCCCCUUCACACGCCUGCGGCAUUAGAAACAUACAAAAAAACUGUAGCAGAAGUGAUCAAACAAGGAGGCAAAAUUGAAUUUGGAGGAAAGGUUAUUCAACGAGAGGGAUACUUUGUAGAGCCGACUAUUGUAACAGGCCUGCCCCACGAUUCGCCAUUAGUGAAGAGCGAAUGCUUCGCCCCCAUUGUGUACUGUAUCGAAAUACCAGAUUUAGAGACUGGAAUACAAUACAAUAACGAAGUUGAACAAGGACUCUCCUCAAGUCUGUUCACAGAAAAUUUGGGUGACGUUUUCAAGUGGAUCGGCCCGCACGGAUCUGACUGCGGUAUCGUAAAUGUGAACAUACCUACCAACGGAGCGGAAGUGGGUGGCGCGUUCGGUGGCGAGAAAGCGACCGGCGGAGGCCGCGAGUGUGGCUCCGACUCCUGGAAGAACUACAUGCGACGCUCCACCGUUACAAUCAACUACUCUGGUGCAAUCAAACUUGCACAGAACAUCAAGUUUGGCGAUGAUUAGAGUUACAAAUAGUGUUGGCAAUUGUCAAAUAUAAUAUUAAAAAUCAAUCAAUAGCCUAUAAUAAUGAUAUCAUAUAAACAUCAUAUUACAUAUGCUAUAUCACUAGCCUUAACUGGCUGCUGCUUUCACAAGUAGCCAUACAUCAACUUGAUGUAUAUCUGUUAAGAUUUGAUUUAUUCACUCAUUUAAUGUAAUAUUAAGCAAUGAUCAAGACUGAUUGUGAUUUAUAAAUAAUACUAAAUAAAAAUAAUACUAUACAUAAA